AGGGUGUCUAAAGGAGUUCUGUUUCCUGUGUUUGAAUCCAUGGAGAUGCUUGACAUGAUGGAAGAGUUCAUCCUCCACGCUCAUGAGGUUUACCUCGGAGAUUACGCAGACCGAGUGGAGGCCUACUACCUUUACAAUCUGCAGGAAUUCAGCCCACCUACAAAGAGAUACGAUGUCAUCUGGCUGCAGUGGGUUGCCUGUCAUCUUACUGAUAAGGACCUGAUGGAGUUUUUAAUGCGUGCUAAGCAGAGCCUGAGGCCCAACGGUGUGAUCUUCAUUAAGGAUAACAUGGCGCGGCAGGGAUGCAAGCUGGACCCCAUUGACAGCAGCAUCAUUCGCCACCUGGACAUCAUGAAGAACAUCAUUCAGACAGCAGGCCUCACCAUACUGGACAUGGAAAAGCAGGAAGGCUUUCCUGAGGCUAUCGUGCCUGUAUGGAUGAUCGCCAUGCGCUGAAGGAAAUAAUUUUUUUAGAUGGUUAGGUUGUAAAUGCAUCUAAGUAUAGUA